AUCGUUCGUGUUGUCCACACGUCGUGUAAGGAAACGCGACUCUGUUUACAUAGUGUCAUUGACAUUAAAUAAAUUCAUGUUUAUCUCUCAAUUUUUAUUUAAACUAUUAAUUUUACAAAGUAUAUUCUAGGUGGUGAAUGUUGUAUAAAAGUGUUGUCUAGUUCCUGAUUUUAAAUAUACGUGUAAAUUCAUUCUCGUCCAGAUAAAUGAAAACUUUUUUACAUCAGUAAAUUCGUUUAAUUUAGGUAUAUAGUGAGUGAUUUUUAGUGUCUUGUGACAAAACAGUAAGGAACAAUUAGAAGAAGAAAAAUGAGUUUAAAAGUGUUAACAAUGUGUCUACCGGCUUUUCUUUUUCUCAUUGUAAUCGCAGGAGGACAUGCGUCGAGUGAGGGCAUCAAGAAAAAAAUUGAAGAUGAUCCCGAUUUGUCUCAGUUUCUCCAGCUUUUAGAAUCGAAUAAAGUUGCCCUGGCUACGUUAAACCUUAGACCCGUAACUGUCUUUGCGUCAACAAAUCGUGCCUUCCAAACGUACAAAGGAAGUGCUGAUCAGUCUGUGAUUCCUUAUCAUAUAACUACCUUCCCUUAUAAAAUCAAUCAGUUGGAGCAUGCUUUAUCCUUAAAUUCGGAGCUUGACGGGAAUCCACCAUUAUGGGUGACACGAAGAAGAAAUGGCAAGACUGAAGAUGUCUAUAUUAAUAAUGCCAAAAUCCUCACGGACCGAAGCAACAUUGAAUUAAUGAUUGGCGAUGUUGGCGAUACUAAGAAACAGGUUUUGCAUCAAAUAUCUGAAGUUUUAGAACCUGUAGUUUCAAUCCGCUCAGCAGACACUCCAAUAGUGAAUCCCAAUGCUCUGCAAUUUUUAAAUAACACAGCUCAACUGAACUUGGGAUCACGACGAACUAGAACGUUUCAACAAAGAGUAACUACUACAGGAAAAGAAGAAGUAUUCAAAGCCGAUGGAAAAUUCACAUUUUUCAUUCCUGAAGAUGAAGGUUUUAAGCCAUCGCCGAGGCCGGAGAAAAUCGAUGGCAGAGUGAUUGAUGGACACGUGAUACCCCAUCAUGUUCUUUUCACGGGACCUACGCCUAAUGACAAACCCUAUAGGACUCUGGCAAACGACGAUAAUCUUAAUGUUACCAUAAGUUUUUACACUGAGCAGGAUGGGAAAAGUAAAAGAGUGUACGUUAAGUCCAACACCAUAGUGGGAGAUAAGGACCAUCCAACUGGCGUAGUUCUCGCCGAGAUCAUAAAAGCAAACAUCCCAGUUAAAAAUGGAGUGGUACACCUUAUUCAACGUCCACUCAUUGUCGUUGAUACGACAAUAAAGGAAUUCCUAGAGUCCUUCAAGGGCAUCGAGAAAGAAGAUGGUCCAGUUUACAAGUUCUACAACACGAUUAUCAGGAAUGGAGAUAAUUUCAUGAACUCCAUGAAGGGUCAACCAAAUAUUACUCUUUUCGCUCCUAGCAAUGCAGCUUGGGAUGUUCCGGAAGUGAAGGGAGUUCUCACAGAUUCAAAACGUAUUGAGGACAUUCUCAAUUUACAUUUAGUUCGUGAGCCAUUACCUUUGGAUCUGAUUAAACAAAAAAGUGGACGCUUGGUGCAAUCGACCAGAAAGGGAAAUCACGGGGUUCCGACAGCUGCCGACAAGAAAAAUCUCUACUUCAACGUUGCUCAAAGUCCAUUUGGAAAUGAAACAGUAACAGUGGAAGGAGGUGGAGUCAAUGCUACAAUAAUCACAGCCAAUAUUGCUGCCACUAAUGGAAUGAUUCACAUUAUUGACAGGGUGCUUGGAAUUCCUUACACUACCGUUCUCGAUAAACUUAAAUCAGACCCUCAAUUAAAUUUGACAUAUUUACUAGGAACGAAGAAAGAUUUCAAUAGCCAGCUAAGUGACACCAACAAGAGAUUCACUUUCUUUGCACCAAAAGAUUCGGCCUGGAAAGCAACGCAAAUCACCUAUCCCUCUACCUAUAAGAAACUCUUCAUGGAUGAUUUCAGUUAUCAUGCGACUCAAAUUUUGCAAAGACAUCUCGUGAUAUCGGAUCAGCACUACACGAUGAGCCAACUUUUAAAUAUGAGUCGCAAUGGAACAGUGACUCUUUCAACAGCCAGAGAUGUUCUUCAUCUACGCAUCAGAGAAUCUAGGAGUGACGGAAAGAGAGAUGAAAACGCAAUUGUUCCAAACCCUUCCGGUCCCUCCGGCUACAUCCUGGAAUGGCAGGGAUUAUCGAUUAAAGUCGAUCGCCCAGAUGUGUCCUGUACCAACGGAAUUAUUCAUGUCAUUGAUGGAGCCUUCCUUAAAGACAGUGAUGUUCGAGUAACUGGAGGAUCUGCUGCUUUCGUGGCGACAUGCUUGCCUCACAUUUUAGUUCUGCUAGUGGUUAAGUGGCUCUUGUAAACAUGACUUGAAAACUUUAGUUACAACUAAGAUAUUUUAAAAAUUAAAUUAAUCGAUUCCGAAUUAUAACAAGAGAUGGGUUUAAAAAUAUUAAUAAUAUAUAAAUCAUCAGACUCUCUGGGAAAGAAUUGAGGAAAAUUCACGAUAGAUAAUUUGACUAUUAUUUAUUCUCCAUUAUGUUUCAUUUCAAUUUUUCUCAACUAUAUAUAUAUAAAAGAAGAAGCCAAAAAAGUGAGAGAGCACAAAUCAACUUUUGUAAAUUGUCACUUUUAUAAAAUGAAAGUCAAAUCUUUACGAUAAUUGUGCGAUCUCUACUUUUCUCGGUGCAUUCGACACACAUGUUACGUGUUUAACAAAGACUGAAGAGAACAGUCUUCAAA